AUGGGCGUAUAUCGGGACAGUACCACCGCGCCGCCAGCCGAGCUCGAGCUCGAGCGAGCCAGACGACCCCACCUGUUGAUCGUCGACGACUCGAGGGAUACGCGCGCGAGCGAAGGAAUUUGGCCUCCCGAAAGCCUGGAAGGGCAGGCCAGCGUGCGCGGCAGCUCGGUAGACUACGCCGCGGCGCUCCUGCUGGCGGCGAUGGCCGCUGUGCUGCUGGCUGCUGUGGGCUACCAGUGUGCUGCGACAUGGCGCUGGAUCAUGGGUGUAGUCUUACACUGCGGUGUUUCUACUGGCGGUGAUGGCCGCUGUGGGCUACCAGUGUGCGGCGACAUGGCGCUGUAUCAUAGGCAGUCUUACACUGCGGAGUUUCUACUGGCGGUUAUGGCUGCUGUAGGCUACCAGUGUGCUGCGACAUGGCGCUGGAUCAUGGGCAGGACAAGAAGAGAAUCCGAAGAGAGCAACUGCGAUUCCCUCUCUCGACAAGCCGCGAUCCGCAUCAGCCACUCCCUACCUGAUCUGCAGACGGAACCCUUGAAGCAGGAGUACGUUCAGGAGCACAAGGACCCGGCUAAGAAGGUCCUCCGGCAGACCACGCUCCCUAUCGUGCCAGACCGCCACCAGACCUUCCAGCGUCAGUUGUCGCACCGCCUUGACCUGCCUUCCAUCCAGUUCAGCAUCUGCAGCCUGGAGCGAGCUGACUCUUCCAUUGGACUUAUUAAGCCGGAGCUAUACAAGAACGAGCUGGUGCGCCAGUCGUCCACCGACAGCGCUGAGCUGGAGUUCUGCGGGAAGCUGCAUUUCGCUCUCAAGUACGACCAGGAGGUGGAGGCUCUUGUUGUCAAGGGAAUAUUUGUCGUGCCAUACGAGGAGCUGCGGCAACGUUACCUCCAAUUCUCCGUGUAUGACUUCGAUCGGUUCAGCCGCCACGACCUGAUCGGUCACGUGGUGCUCAAGGGACUCCUGGAGUCCGCAGACCUGCACCAGGAGAUCGAGUAUACGAUGAACAUCCUUGCUCCACCUCAGGAGAAGAAAGACCUUGGAGAGCUGAUGCUGUCACUCUGCUACUUGCCGACAGCAGGCAGACUGACGGUGACCGUCAUCAAGGGCAGGAACCUCAAGGCCAUGGACAUCAAUGGGUCCUCAGAUCCGUACGUGAAGAUCUGCCUCAUCUGCCAAGGCAAGCGCAUCAAGAAGAAGAAGACGACCGUCAAGAAGAACACCCUCAGUCCGGUGUACAACGAGGCGCUGGUCUUCGACCUGCCGGCUGACAACGUGUUUGACGUCACGCUGCUUGUCAAAGUCAUCGAUUAUGACAGGAUCGGACCCAACGAGCUGAUCGGCUGCACAGCCAUCGGUUCCACUCUGAUCGGCAUCGGCCGCGACCAUUGGCUAGAGAUGCUGGACAACCCUCGCAAACCAGUCGCCCAGUGGUACCCGCUGAACAAAAGCCCCCCUGCCAAUGUCACGCUGCCAAACAAUACCCAGCAGAACUCCGGGCUCAGUUGUCUAAAUGGAAGGUAA